AUGGUUCACGGUCCCGAUGUUCGGGUUGCGUCAAUUCAACCAUAUGGUGCCUUUGUGAAAUUAGAUGGAUACAAGAAAAAUGGUCUUGUUCACAAGAGUCAGAUUUCACGGACCAAGCGUGUGGAGGAUGUAUCUGAGGUUCUCUCUGUUGGAGAUGCCGUCUGGUCAAAGGUUAUAUCACUUGGGGAAGAUGAGGAGAAAAAGAUCUCACUCUCUAUGAAGGUCGUGAAUCAGGACAACGGCCAAGAUUUGGAUCCAAACAUGGUCCAGACCAAGCAAGAAGAGCAAAGGAAAAAGAAAGGAGGCUAUGUACCCAAACCGAAGAUAGAGCUGGGAGCUGUCCUCAACACUACUUGCAAGAAAUGUGGAACUGUAGGCCAUCUUACCCAGGAUUGUUUCUACAAACCGGGUGAGAAGACUUAUGACCUUAUACCAGAUAUCGACAUGGGUAUGCUAAAACACCAUCAAGAUAUGCCCAACUCCAAGGAAAAGGGCCACAAGCACAAGAAAAAGAAAAAGAAAAACAGGAGGGGUUCCUCUCCCAGAGAUACCAAGUACAAAGCUACAAGGCAUCGUGAAGAAAAGGGGAAGAGAGCGAAAAAGAGGACACGCAAGGAGUUCUCUUCUUCAGACCGUUCUAGUAAUGAGGAGGAGAGCAAUGAAGGAGAGCGUAGGAAUCAGAAGAGGAAGAAAGAUAGAAAGAAAGGGAAGAACAUGAGGUACACAUCAACAGACAGUACUAUCUCUGAUGAGAGCAGUGAGGAAGAACGUAGGAAUCGGAAGAGGAAGAAAGAUAAAAAGAAAAUGAAGAAAAAACGGAGAGACACAUCAAGUGAAAGCACCGAUGAAGAAGAACAGAAUCGGAAAAGGAAGAGAGCUGACGAGAAAAAGAAGAGAAGAGAUACAUAUACGUCAUCUGACAGUAGUAGCUCCGACAAUGAGAGCAGUGAAGAAGAACGUAGGAAUCGGAAAAGGACGAAAAAUAGAAAGAAAAGCAAAAGUGGUGAAAGUGAUAAGCACUACAUGUAUGAGAAAGGCAAGAAACGAUCAAGGAGUGAGGAUAGUAAGAAAGGAUAUAGGGCUAGUAGAAUGAAGGAAUCAUCAAAAGAUAGAAGGGAUGAUAGAGAGAAGAGACAAAACCAUGGAAGCAGUGAUGAGAUGCGCCACCAUCACACGGAGGAAAGGACACAUGCACAUAGAAUUCAUGCAAGCGAGAGAAGGAACGACCGAUACCAAAGGCCUUUUGAUAGACAGAAGGAAAGAACACGCUUGCAUAGUGGUAAUUAUCAUUCUAGGGGUGGAGAGACAGGCGGCGAUCGGCGGAAAGAUGGAAGGGAUGACGAGUCGUGGAGUAGACACCAGCAUAGGCAGAAGAGAAGAAGCAGAGAACGAAGUGAUAAAAGAACGAAUGUCGAUUCCGCGUGAGGGAAAAGGAAGGGAAAGUAUGAGAGUGACAUGGAAGAUGCAGACUACAAACAUUGCAGGAAUGAAAGAGCCAGGCAAGGAAAUGAUAGAAAGAUAGUACAAGUGGAAGAUCGCAUAAAGGAGGCAUCAAGAGGAUGAGUAAGUGCCUUUGUAGGGGUGUCGUGGUCGAGAAGUUUUUAUGACUCUCGUCUUUCAACCUGAAGGACGUUGGUUCGAUUGCUAGCCAUUGCAUAUUUUCCUUCAGCAAGAAGUUUACCCAAAUUGUGCAGCUCUCAACCCAGGUAAGGUGAAUUGGUAAGGGUAGGAAGUGCUACACUGGGUAAGAUAAGGCAUCAUUAUCAUUAUUAUUACUCAAAAAGUACAAGUCUGCUAUAAAAAAAUAUAUAUAUGAUUUUUUUAGGCAUCGACUUUGGGGUACAGUGUAUAUAACUAUACCAAAUGAAAAAAAAUAAUAUUGGCUGUACCUUGGAGGGCUGCCCCAAUUUUUUUUGCAAUAAGUCCAUCAUGAGAAAAUUAAAAGGUUGCAUUAGUGUUAGGGUGCAUCCAAAAGAAAUUUAAUGGGGUAACUUAGGGAGUAUGUAAAAACCGUAAAUACAUGUGGUACCUCUCACGCUUUUUGUUGACUGUCCUUAGGGGGUGUUUCACAAAGAUUUAAGUAUGACUUAGAGUCCACUUCAAUGCCUAGUUGCGUACGGCAUAAAAUGCAUGACCGCAUUGGUCAGAUCAUGUCAAGAGAGAGCAUACUACUGCGUCUUGAUCAAUAAGAUUGCGUGUUGAAUAUUAUGUAUGCGUCGGCAUUUAAGUGCGCGUGUGACUCUAAGUUACACUUAAAUCUUUGUGAAACACCCCCCAGGUUUUGGUUCAUUAAACUUGUUAUAAUAAUAAACUUACAAUAACAGUUUAAAGCUACUGAAAUCAUUCAAUUCAAUGAUAUAUCUGUAAAGGGCUUUAGAGAUAUUGUUCCGAUGUAUUAAGCGCUAUAUAAAAGCCGAUUAUUAUUAUAAUCUGAUAGCAAACUGGUUAUAGAAAUUGAGCAUUUGUUAUUAUAACAAGUCUUUAUAAAACGCGACCCAGGCCAGGCCUAACUCGUAGUGGUUGUCUCAAUUGAUACCUUGUGACAUGUCAAUUUUAUGCAUUAUUUUGUUAUUAAUGUAAAACUGAAAUUAAUAAAAUCUGAAAUCUACUUUCUCACUCGUGUUCCCAUUGCCUACAUCUUAUCGUUUGUAUUCGCUUUGUCUUCAAGCAGUUGGUCUACUUUCCAGAUAGUCCAGUUCCCCAUUUGGUCUACUCUCAAUUUGGUCUAAUACACAUUUCUCAUUUAGUCUAAUGUCCAGGUGGGUGUUUCUUAAAGCUGUUCGUAAAGUUACGCACGACUGGAACAUGAUCUUAGGUGCUAUAAGAGCUACAUAGGGAUAGUAUGGCACAAGGAAGGUCACCAGUCGUGCGUAAAGUCUUGCAUAACUUUCAAACAGCUUUAUGAAACACCCACCAGGUCAGCUGGUGUUAUGUCAAUUUGUGUACUAAUUGAUUUAACCCGUUGGAGGCUGAGCAUGCUGGAGUCUAUGGAAAACAUGUGUUGUAGCAAAAUUAUCUUGUCUCCAACAGGUAAAAAAAAUAAUGAUAAUCUGGUUAUAGAUAAUGAGCUAAAAGGCAUGCAUUAAGCGCCUACGGAUUUACUAUUACCCCGGUCAUGGGAUUCAUUCAGUCAUUCCCGCAUACAAUGUAAGCACAUCCUCCACUCCCUGGGGAGUAUUCCAGCCAGUCGCGAUUGAGGCGUACACAGUACUGGGCAAGCUACAAUGACUUUCACAUCCUACCUGGUACCCAUAUACCCCUGGGUGGGGAGUGUGGAUUAACACUUGCCAAAGGACGCCGGGCUGUGGUAGGAUUAAAAAACAUCAGACAUGACCCUCUCUGGUUAUUAUUUUUAUUUUUUCAAGUAAAAUUUGGUCUGCAUAUAGUUCAUCUAAUCGUAUAGACCAACUGAUAUUAGACCAAGUGGUUUUAAUGUGUAAAGCCUAAAUUAGACCAAAUUGUACCUGGGUUUAACCCUAAUAACUAAGACUCGGUUAAAAAUAAGACUGAAAUCGCCCCCCCCCCCUCAAAAAUUUUGCAAUAAAUCCGCCACGCAAAUAUUUUUUACCACAUCGCUCGCUGACUUUGUACUUUCAAGUCUCGCGCAACUUUUGAGACCAAAAUGCGACUCCUGGGUAUGCGGUUCCAAAAUCAUGCAACAUUUUCUUAGUGCAUGUGCACAUCAGACCUAAAAUUGCUCAAAAACAUGAAUUUGUGUACAAAUUCAAUGCAAAUAGUAUUUUUAGCCAAAAUUCAUAAAUGUAUCAUUAUUUUUCCUAUUACCAAUUGUAAUCAAUUAAUUUCUACUUGUUUGUGAUCAAAAACGUCCCCGACAUUUUCCAUUGACAAAACAAAGAAAUACAUAAGAAAAUUAGAAAGCAAUAUAGGCCUACAUGAAAAAGACAUUUUAAGAACUUUUCAACAGAUUCCUAUAAAGAGACUGUGAACCAAAAAUUUGCAUUUUAGGUGCAUUUAUUAGAGCGAACUUUUGAUUUUACGCAUGAAUUAGCAUAAUUAAUUAGCAAUGAGAUUUUUCUCAGAAUUUGAUCUUACAGUUUAAUUUGUAGAUUAUGCCAUGGGCAACGUGCGUGCCAAUUUUCGUCGCGAUCGUGCGAUCAACGGCCGUCAUAUGGCUAAUGGCUCCAUCUUUCCUCAGCGAUGUGACCCGAUUUUGGCCGUAGUGAUCGGGUAGUAGACAUUCGGAAGUUACUCUUAAACUUUAUCUUGGGUGGGUGCCCUCCCCCCUCCCGGUAGGAAAAAAGGGGGGGGGAACAAAAAAUGGAAGGGAGAGAGAAAGAAAGAAAAUAGUGAAGGAGAGAAGAGGGAAAAUAGGAAGGGGGAGAAUAAGAAUAAGCU